AGGAUGAAUGCUCAGUCAUCUGGAAGCUUCCUAAAAGCUUAAUCCAACGAUGAUCACAUGCUGCAAAAAUAAAGGUUUUCCCUGGAUUGGUUUUAUUCAUAUUAUUCACCACUCGAAGGGUUGCUUCUUUUACUGGUUCCUAUAGCUGGGUUUAACCUUGUGAAAAAUUCAAGUGGCAAAUGUUUGCUGAGAGUUAAUCUUCUUCUCUGUCUCAGGACCUUCUCUCCGGUUCAUCCCAGUGCUUUCUGAACUACCCGGGCGCAAAAUUCUACAGCGCUGCCGGCACUGCCCAUGGAAGUUGGGAAGUCAUCAAUCGGAAACUGAUCCCACUCCUCAAGUCUGUGGUUCAGACUCUGGAGGAGAACAAAAGGGGUCCCUUGUCUCCCGAGAUGCUUCUGGGUCUGGGAUCAGGAGAAGGCUACUCAUCCAGAAGCACUCUGAAGGUGUCUGAAGCUGCCGGCGAAGCGUUCCGGACCGAAACGAGGCAGGAAAUGGCUCUUGCUGCGGCAACCCUCUCGCCUGCGCCUCCUGCUUGGUCCACAUCAAACAGAUCCCAGCUGUUGCAAGAAAUCCAGACCAGGAUUUUCUUGGAGAAGCACGCCAGCGAGAUGGUGCACCUUGAGCUGUCCUUGAUGGCUGAGGAAAUCAACAUGAUCUCUUGCUUUUGCGAAUCCUCCAAGCUGAGAAAGGACCUGGGGAUGACACAAAGGCAUAACUUGGGAGCGGCCAACGACUGGGACAACCUCCUGAAGGAGCUGGCUGAGUAUCACCAGCAUGCUGAAGAAGAGCUUAGACAGCAGCACUGGGAAGAAAUUAAAUGUGCCGGGCUCAGCCCAGAGGAAAGAACUCUCAAAGACGGGGCUUUAUUCUCUCUGGAAGAAAUCCUGCACAAUCUUGCGUCGCUAGGUGCCGACCUGCAAAAAGCAGGGGGCCCCUAUAGAUUAGGCCUUGCUAAAGCAAACAGUGUGAGUUGCAGCUCCCAGGGUCCUGUGUUUUGCAGGCUCCUGUCUUCAUUCCCUCUCUCUGUGACCUGUGUUAUUCAAUGA